CAUUGCGUCUGCAUCAACAUUUUGGCAAGUUUUUGAUUAAUGUAUCUAUGCACACAUUGCAAACGUUUCAAGUUUUCUCAUGGCAAACUUAAUAUUUUUAGUCAGAUUAAACAUCUAGUUUUGGCAAAUGCAAAUUUAAACUGCGGGAAUUGCUAAAAGUAUUUCUGUAUUAAGAUCUGGAUAUAGAUUGCAACCAUUAAUAGUCUUCGAUAUCACCCCAAAGUUGAGGUCCAGAAUUAUGUGGGACAGACUAUAGUUAUAAAUACGAGUUCAUUAAACUUAACCAAACUUGCGAUGGAUAUAAGUAUAAUAGUAGUGUUUCUUGGUGUCUUUCUGCUUUCUUAUUUCUUGACAAAAAAGAAACAGAAUCUUCCGCCUGGAUACUUCGGGAUCCCGUUUAUUGGAUCCUUAAGCAUACUUCGCAAAUUUCCGGGACGGAGACCUCACGUAGUACUUUACGGAGAGUCGAAACGUUUUGGACCAAUUUUCCGCUGGUAUAUUGGUCGGCAGAUGUUUGUAGCCCUUAACGGUUAUGACGUUAUCAAUGAAGCUCUGGUGAAGAAAGCAGAUGCAUUUAGUGACAGACCUACGUUUAUAAACGUUUUGAAUGCUGCAUUGCCAUCAAACCCGGAUGAAAAAGGUGUAAUAUUUUGCCAAUAUAACGCAGAAUGGAGAGAGAUGCGCAGGUUUUCACUUCACGCACUGCGAGAUUUCGGAGUUGGAAAAACCUCCAUAGAGGAGCAGAUCAUGGUUGAAACCGAGGCUGUGACGUCUAUUCUGCAAUCGCUAAAAGGAGAACCAACAGCCAUGGAUGCCAUUAUGCAGAAACUUGUGGGCAACGUUAUUUACAGUAUAAUCUUUGGGAAAAGAUAUGAAUAUGACGAUCCAAACUUCGAUAUGGUCAGGAGUCUGACGAAUGUAGCAGUUUCUGGUUCGGGAGCAGUCGGUAUUGCAAAUUUCCUGCCAGGGUUCAUCACUAGAAUACUUAACAAAGAGGAAGCGGAGAUAGAAAGAAAGAGGAAAGAGACGUUCAUUUCGAUAAGGAAAUACAUUUAUGAGCAGAUAGAUGAGCACGAAGCCACGUUUGAUGAAGACAACAUCCGGGACUUUGUAGAUAUAUAUCUAAAAACAUCAAGACAAGCAGAUGAAAGCGUUAAAAAAUUCAUAACUAAGGGAAACAUGUUUCGGGUGAUAAUUGACCUAUUUCUGGCUGGUUCUGAAACUACCUCUACCACAUUAGACUGGGCUUUUCUGCUCAUGAUCGAGUACCCCGAGGUUCAGAAGAAAUGUCAACAAGAAAUUGAAAAGGUUUUUGGAGACAAAUGCAUCGAGUACGCCGGACGUAACAAACUGGUGUAUGUAAACGCAACGAUUAUGGAAAUCCAAAGAUAUUCUACUAUAGUGCCAUUGAAUGUUAUACAUUACACAAGUAAAGAUACAACACUGGCUGGUUACGACAUUCCGAAAGACACAAUGGUAGUUCCCUCUCUGUACUCUGUCAGUAUGGACGAAAAGUACUUCCCAAAUCCAACAAACUUCAUUCCAGAAAGGUUUAUAGACAAGGACGGAAAGAUGGUCAAGAAUGAAGCAGUUAUUCCAUUUUCAGCAGGACCCCGGACAUGUCUCGGUGAACCACUGGCCCGGAUGGAGCUGUUUCUGGUCUUUGUAAAUCUCUUGCAAAGAUUUACAUUUACCAGAGAGAGGCCUGAUCAACCUCAUUCUUUGGACGCCAAGACAAACCAAAUUACCAAUGCACCAAAGCCGUAUAAACUGAAAGCUAUGAAAAGACAGUAACGCUGUUAUAUCAGUCGUUUCCGCAAAUAUAGUUUAGUUUGACCCCAGAUCCAUUUAUGAACUUAGUGUAGGGAACAAUGUAAGGUGGUAAGCUUGAAUAUAAUUUUAAAGAAAACCUUACACCAUUCUUAUGUUCCAUAAUCAGUUUCGUUUUAUAUUUCGUUUCGGAAUAAAAGAUCCUGCGGGUUAUGUUACAGUAAAAUGCAAGUGUCUGUUCUCUGUACCCUGGCUUAAUGUAUUUUGUAUGAUCUAGUAACAAUUUCCAACAUUUGUACCGAAUAAAGCAACAUUAUCAGUCU